AUGUUAAGGUAUUGGGUGGAUUUUGGCAACCAAUCAAAAUAUCGAGUAAACUGGCUUAGGAAAACACAUCCACUUGAUGAAAACACAAUUGUUGAAAUCAUUAUUCAUGUUAGUAAUGUUCCAGACGAUACCUCUAAUGCUGAUGCUACCGAUAAUCAGCCGUUAUUUUCAAUUACAAUAUCGGUGAUCGAGAGAAAGGUUGAAAUCUCCCAGAAGUAUACUCUUGUAUGGAAAAAUACGGAGUUUCCUAAACUAAAAAGUCUAGUAGAUAGGCUUCAAGUUAAUAACGAACUAGAUGCUGAUACGAUUAGAGAUGACUAUACUGAUAUUUUCCAAGGGUCAGAAGAUGCCGAAAGUUUAAAUUUAUCAUCGCUGGAUCUUUCGGAAAUCUUAUGGGACGUUUCACUUUUGUCCACCAACGAGAAUACGACAAAGAGUGAUCAACCAAAGGAUAAAUCUAUUAAAGUCAAAUCCAAAGUUAAAGUGUCAAAUAAAGUACGUGUAAAACUAUUAUCAAGCCCAGUUUGUAAAAAGAAUACAUCGAAGACAAAGGUGCCCGCAACACCAUCAGCAAAGGUCGCUAAACAACAAAUCAUUAACAUAAAUAAUAUACAACAAUGUGCGCAACGUGUGUCAGAUCUCGAAAAAGUUGUUGCACGUAUCGAUAAGGAGGCGGUGAACUCCGACGCCAAAUUAAGUGCUCUUAGCGAUACCCUUUUUCAAAGUUUGGCAAAUAGAGUCCAAAAUGAAAUGUCAAUUCUGAGGAAAGCUUUCGACGAAAAAGUUUUGCAAUACGGUGAACGUACUAAUAAAGCCGAAUUGGAAGUCAAAAAAAUGCAAGGACGGCUUGGAUCCCUGGUUGAAGAGAAGAAUCAAUUAUCCAAAAAAAUCCGAAGUUUGGAAAAGUCAAAUAAAUCAUUAUCAGACCAAGUCGAAGAAUUACAAAAUAAUACAAAAGAUGAUGCAGUGCAGAGAGAAUCGGGACGUGCCGUUCAGAACGAGCUAAGCGCCAAUGUAACGGACAGAAAUGAACCCGAAGUCCUAAUAAUUAAAGAAGAAAGUGGUCCCAUACCAACUAAAAAAGCCGAUCCUUCAGAAAGCGGUGAUUCCAAUGAGCAAACUGUUGAGAACCAAGGAGAAAAAAAGAUGAUUGAUCAAGGAAGCCCAGAAGAGUACGAUUUUGUCUUUCUAUGUGAUUCCAGCAGAAAAUUCAUCAACACCCAGCUGUUAUGCCCUAACAGAACGGUAAAAAUCAUCCCUUGUGGUACUUCCAGUCAACCAAUUAAAAUUAUGUCUUCACCACGUUUCCAGGUAAACGAAGCGCUUAUAAUAAAUACAGGUGUUAAUGAUGUUGAACACUUAACAUUAUAG